UUUUUAGGUUUUUGACGACACGAAGUUGCUCCGUAUUUGCAGAGAGGUUAUGAUCUUGUAAAUAAACGACACCGCAAACACUCCCAAAACAACUACAACUUAAGAAUAAGGUAAUAUUCAAUGAAUAAAAAUGUUGGGAACAAUCAGAGCGUAUUCCAGAGCAAUGACGAAGAAUGGGAAGAAGCCGCCUCCCUUGCGAGAAAUAAGUAAACCGAAGAAGAACGAGGGAAUACCCAUGCCAAUAUUUCAGUACCCAGUGGCAAAGCCAGGCGACCGCAGAGUCUACGUUUGGGGCUUGGCCGACCAUGGAGGUCUUGGAACCCUCGGAAAAGUGAAAAAAUCAUCGCUUGAGUUCAGUUACAUCGCGAAACCCAGUCGAUUAACCUUCGGGGAGUGGCACAAGGUCGUAGACAUCACGUGUGGCUAUGGAUUCACUGCAUUCGGAGUGGAUAAUGAUAGCGAGAGCAUCGUGUAUGGGAAUGGAAUAAAUACAGAUUCACAAUUGGGCUAUGGUCCAAAGGACGAGAGGUACUACAAGGAUCAUAUAAUUACGGUGCCAAGGCCUAUUCCCCUGCCCCUGAAGAAAAAGGACACGAAGCUACUGGCGCUGUCAGCUGGGAGGGCUCAUCUUUUGGUGCUGACGAGUGACGGAGUCUACACCCUGGGGAACAAUGGGUAUGGACAGUGCGGGAGGCCCAUUAUAGAGGGUGAGGAUUACUGCAAGAGCAAAGUCGUUCAUCAUAUCCCUAAUAUCAAGGGGGCCAAGAUCAUUGGAGUGACUGCUGGUCAGGACCACAGUGUACUCUUGACAGAAAAAGGAGAAGUUUAUACAUUUGGUUGGGGUGCGGAUGGGCAGACUGGUUUGGCUCAUUAUCAAAAUGAGUGGCAACCGAGUUUAGUUAAAGGUGAUCUAGCUGGCGAGCGAAUAACCAAAGUGGCAUGUGCUGCUGACUGUGUUCUGGCUCUCAGUGACAGAGGCAAAGUUUUUGGCUGGGGAAAUUCAGAGUACGGCCAACUUCCAACCAAUGGUGACACAACGCAGAUAAAUAUUGCCACCGAAUUAUCAGACUGUGUUAAACUAGGACAUAUUGUCGAUAUUGCUGUUGGAGGGAGUUUUUGUAUGAUAUUGACGAGUACCGGCGAUGUUUACGUCUGGGGAUUCGGUAUUCUGGGAUUCGGCCCCGAGGUGAAAAAAGUUAACAUACCAACUCUCAUUCCAAAUACAUUAUUCGGAAGGAAUGUAUAUGAAAAAAAUGUCAAGGUAACCCAAAUUUAUGCCGGCAUGAGUCACUUAGGAGCAGUAACGAAUUUAGGAGAUCUCUACAUGUGGGGAAAAAAUAAAUACGGCCAUCUGGGCUUAGGCCACACGAACGAUCAAUUUUUCCCCCUGAAGGUAGCAGUAGGAGCUCAUGUUCAGAAAGUUGCCUGUGGGGUUGACCACACGGUGGCUCUCUGCAAACCCUUCAUCUGAAAUUCUCCGUAACUAAUAAUUGAUUCAUUAAA